AUGGCUGGCCAACCAGCAGCCCGCCGCCUGCACCUGCCCUCGCGCUGCCAUGGGGCGCGCCGCCCCAGCAGCCCCAUCCUCCCCCGACGCUCUCUCCCCCGACCUCCACCUCCCUUAGCCCUUCCCAUCCCAACCAAUGCUCCCAAUGCACCAGACCCUCCCGUUGCAAGACCACCACCCCCCUUCCCAAACAACCCAUUGGAGCCAACGCCUUUCCGGACUGUCCAAGACCCGCUACGUAAAGUCAAAGAAAAGUCCCUUUUCUGCUGCGGCGAAAAGCAUCUCUCUGCCGUCUCCCACAAACGUGCUGUUCACCAGCGUUACACCAAGAUCUCGUUCAAGAACCACCAAAGUCCCGACGCGACCUUCACUGUCCGGCGCAACCCGGAUUCCAACAACUUCGUCAAGAUGGAACAUAACCCUACCUUCGCUCUGCCGUCCGCCUCCACGUUCACCCCCCUCCACACCGUCCAACCUAAACGCGAACCAGAGCUCGGCUCUAGCGGGGCUCGCGCCUUCCUCGACGGACUUCGACGGCCUCUCGGACACCUCGCGCCGCACAUGCAUGCCCUCGGGCUCGUCACCGAUGCCGACCUUGACUUGAUCUGCGCCCUCCCUUCCGCUUGGGACGAGCUGGGGGAGAUGCUCCGCGUGCGCGGUAUGUCGGUGCUUGAGUGGCUGAUGAUCAAGGAGGCCUUCAAGACUCGCUUCGGACGGGGGUAA